GCAUGCAACCCAGCAGGAGACUAAUAAAACCAUCACAACUAGCACCAAAGCCAUCAAGCAGCUGUCGGAGGUUGUCAGAGGCUCAUCCAGGCAAGAGCGUCUUCAGCUGGACCGGCUGAAGAACCAGCUGUCUGAUGCCAUCCAGAGAUAUGGAGCUGUGCAGAAGAAAAUAGCAGAGAAAUCCAAAGCUUUGCUUCCUACUGGGCAGAGAAGUACCAAACAGAGCCCUAGGGCCCCCUUCUCUGACCUCCCUGAUGACGGGAAGAUCUUUAAUGGAGGAGAUGGCGUGUGGCAGAACCAGAACCAGGAUCAAGCCUUGCUCUCGGAAAUCACAGAAGAGGACCUGGAGGCCAUCCGCCAGCGGGAAGAGGCCAUUCAGCAGAUUGAGAGUGACAUGUUGGAUGUGAACCAGAUCAUUAAAGACCUGGCCUCCAUGGUGCAUGAGCAAGGAGACACAAUAG